UGGUAAUCCCAACUGCCAAGUAUAAUCAGUUUAACGCUACACUCAUACACAGUGUAGUCGAGUCGAGAAUUUUCUGCCAUAAUCGGGAGCUUUUUCACUUUUUCAUCUCUUACGAUCAUUUUCUAUAAACCCUAACUAAAUCAUUAACAAAUCCUCUGUUCCCGAUUUUCUUCUCUCUGUUCGUGUAAGGAGACAUGCCUCCGAAAGCAGCUAAAUCAAAGGAGGCACCGGUGGAGAGGCCAAUCCUCGGUCGUUUCUCUUCUCAUCUUAAAAUCGGAAUCGUUGGAUUACCAAAUGUAGGAAAAUCUACACUUUUUAACACACUCACAAAGUUGUCUAUUCCAGCUGAGAACUUCCCAUUCUGUACAAUUGAACCUAACGAGGCACGUGUUCAUAUUCCAGAUGAGAGAUUUGAGUGGCUGUGUCAGCACUUCAAGCCAAAAAGUGAGGUGUCAGCGUUCUUAGAGAUACAUGAUAUAGCUGGGCUGGUUAAAGGUGCUCAUGAAGGACAAGGGCUUGGAAACAAUUUCUUAUCUCACAUUCGUGCAGUUGAUGGCAUAUUCCAUGUUUUACGUGCAUUUGAAGACCCUGAUAUCAUACAUGUGGAUGACUCUGUAGAUCCUAUAAGAGACUUAGAAGUUAUAACUGCAGAAUUACAGUUGAAGGAUAUUGAAUUCAUGGAAAGAAGGAUAGAGGAUCUUGAGAAGAUCUUGAAGAGGAGCAAUGACAAACAGGUGAAAGUGGAACAUGAAUUAUGCCUCAAGGUCAAAACAUGGCUCAUGGAGGAUAAAGAUGUCCGAUUAGGGGACUGGAAAGCUGCUGAUAUUGAAAUCUUGAAUACCUUUCAAUUGCUUACAGCAAAACCUGUUGUUUAUUUGGUCAACAUGAAUGAGAAAGAUUAUCAAAGGAAAAAGAACAAAUUGCUUCCCAAGAUUCAUUCUUGGGUACAGGGGCAUGGAGGUGAGCCUAUUAUUCCUUUUAGCUGUGCCUUAGAAAGAAAUUUAGCUGAUAUGAAACAAAAUGAAGCUGCAAAAUACUGUGAGGACAAUAAAGUACAAAGUGCUCUUCCAAAGAUUAUAAAGACUGGAUUCUCAGCUAUCAAUCUUAUAUACUUCUUUACAGCUGGCAUUGACGAGGUGAAAUGCUGGCAAAUUCGAAGGCAAACUAAAGCUCCUCAAGCUGCAGGAGCAAUUCAUACUGAUUUUGAAAGAGGAUUCAUUUGUGCAGAGGUUAUGAAGUUUGAUGAUCUUAAGGCGCUUGGAAGUGAGGCUGCUGUGAAGGCUGCAGGGAAGUAUAAACAAGAGGGAAAGACUUACGUGGUACAAGAUGGGGAUAUAAUCUUUUUCAAAUUUAAUGUCUCUAAUGGUGGAAAGAAGUGAUAUUAUUACAUAUGCAGGAGUUACCUUGACUUUUCUUAGG